GGACUUGGGCUUAUUUAUUUACGGAGCGCCUGGACGGCGGAGGCUGGAGGAGGUGGCGGCUGUGGCUGCCGCAGACGGUGGUUAAAAAAAGGAGGAGAAGGAGGCGGCGGCGGCGGCGAGGGAUGGGAGCGCCCAGGCUUCAGGGCGCAGGCCGGAGCUGCCGAGCUUUCCUGAGGCUGCGGGAGUACUGAGGAGAAAAAGGGGACGUCCCGGGGGCCCACAGGCGACUCCAGAGGCGCGGACUGGGGUCUUUUUGUUUGGCUGCGCUCAGCUCCCAGCAGCCAGAGCGGACAACUCCAGUUACAACAACAACCCACCUUCCAGCAGCCAGGCGAGACUUAGGCUGCCGAGUCCGUCCUAUUGUUUAGACACUUGCCUGGGGCUCUGGAGCGCCAGUCCCUGCUCAGUCUCCGCCUUCCCUCUCUCUCCACUUUCCUCCCGGGAACCGCGAGUGCCGAAAGCCUCCCUGAGAGGGGAAGGGGCUGGAAGCCAAGCGCUGCCUAGACUGUGGUCGCCGAGUCAGGUGCAACGUCCGAGGCUAAGCGGCAUCUAAACGUCUGCGGCUGGACUCCUCCCGUGACAGUGGGUGACCGGAUCCAACGCCUGGGAUAACUUCCUGCACUUUGAGGCUGAGGACCCACUUGUAGGGGCUGCCCGAGGGGUGGCUGAGAGGCUGCAUACAGCAGGACGUCGCUGUUGGCUGUUGUUUCUUCUACCUGUGCCGUCAGGUGUGUGCUGCGGAGCUGCGGCGUAUCCCGGAGACCAGAGUGGCUGACAAGAGCGCGCACACUCUCCUGCCAUUCGGUUGUCGCCUGGGGUCUGCCAGGGUAGCAGAUCCCCAUCUUUCUGCCUCCUACCUAGUAGUCAUCCAUCAGGACACAGUAGCAGCACUGGCAUCGCGGACACCUAGUCUUUGCUUUGCUCUUCUGGGCUCGCCUAUCUGCAAAUCUUGCCCAAGCUAGAGGACCUUUCCUACUCAACUUGGCUUACUGGAUUUUUCCCCCCUGCAGGAGUGAGGACUAGUGGAUAUUCCUGCAAGGCUGCAGCAGUCCGACUGCCCUUUUGUCUCUCUGUGUGACCUCAGGGGCAGGCCCUGGUGCAGAGCGUCGCCAAGGACGCCGGGAGGGAGGCGGGAUUGCCAAGAUAUCCUCCAGUGAAGUGCAUGUGUGAGUGCAAGCCAUCCUUGGCUGUCGGGAAGUGGAGAAGACGGUUGAGGCUGCUGCUGUGCCGCAGGAGUGGAGAGGCCCCGGGAGCUGAGCCCUGAGCCCCGCAUCACCGCCCGGCACCCCCAAGGCUGUCUGAAUACCCGGUGCGCCCCCACGCGCGCUAUGACCAGUCUCUCCGAGGGCUCUGCUUUGGAUCUGCCAGGCCCUUGCGCCUUCUAGCUUCGGGGGAAUCCACUUUGAUCAAGGCCACCAUUACUGUUUAAGUCCCCUCCUCAGCCUUGUACUCUUUCCACUGGAAUCGGAUGUGCUAGAGGGUACGUGGGAUCAGAAGUCCUCCCUUGUCCUCAAGCAACCAGCCUCUGCAUCUUCGCGGACACUGCAAGUAGGAGCUCUUUUACCGCCAAGUUGAAGUCGCGCACUGUCCUCACAGCUGCUCCGGGGUCUACUCCCAGCCUGAGUCGGGCCUAUUGAUAUUCAGAACCUGAAGUUGCCCACGGAUCUUCUGCUCUGCUGGAAAGGCUUGAAGAGUAGAGGAAAGACGUGUGCUUCUGUCAGCUCUCCUACCCCAUAUCACUGUUCCAGAUUACUGUGUGAGCAUCUCCCCGGGUGCUGUGGGUUGCAAGCCCAGCGCCAGGCACUGGGCCUCGGACACUGCCCAGUUUUCACGCAACCGAAAGCUCAAGAGAAGUCCUUCAAAGCAAGGAGUCUAUUAGGGAAGAUGAGUGGCAUUGGCUGGCAGACACUGUCCCUAUCGCUGGGGUUAGUGUUGUCGAUCUUGAACAAGGUGGCGCCGCAGGCGUGCCCGGCCCAGUGCUCCUGUUCAGGCAGCACGGUGGACUGUCAUGGGCUGGCACUGCGCAGUGUGCCCAGGAAUAUCCCCCGCAACACCGAGAGACUGGAUUUGAAUGGAAAUAACAUCACGAGGAUCACGAAGACAGAUUUUGCUGGUCUCAGGCACCUCAGAGUUCUUCAGCUCAUGGAGAACAGGAUCAGCACCAUUGAGAGGGGAGCAUUCCAGGAUCUUAAGGAGCUGGAAAGACUGCGUUUAAACAGAAAUAACCUUCAGUUGUUUCCUGAGCUGCUGUUUCUCGGGACUGCGAAGCUCUACCGGCUUGAUCUCAGUGAAAAUCAAAUUCAAGCAAUUCCAAGGAAGGCUUUCCGUGGGGCAGUUGACAUUAAAAACCUGCAACUGGAUUACAACCAGAUCAGCUGCAUUGAAGAUGGGGCGUUCAGAGCUCUACGAGAUCUGGAAGUGCUCACUCUGAACAAUAACAAUAUUACUAGACUUUCAGUGGCAAGUUUCAACCAUAUGCCUAAACUUAGGACAUUUCGACUCCACUCGAACAACUUGUACUGCGACUGCCACCUAGCCUGGCUCUCAGACUGGCUUCGCCAAAGGCCACGGGUGGGCUUGUACACUCAGUGUAUGGGCCCAUCCCACCUGAGGGGCCACAAUGUAGCAGAGGUUCAAAAACGAGAGUUUGUCUGCAGUGAUGAGGAAGAAGGUCACCAGUCAUUCAUGGCUCCCUCCUGCAGUGUGCUACACUGCCCCGCUGCUUGUACCUGUAGCAACAACAUUGUAGACUGCCGAGGGAAAGGUCUCACUGAGAUCCCCACAAAUCUGCCUGAGACCAUCACAGAAAUACGUUUGGAACAGAACUCCAUCAGGGUCAUCCCUCCAGGAGCCUUCUCACCAUACAAAAAGCUUAGACGACUAGACCUGAGCAACAACCAGAUCUCUGAACUUGCACCAGAUGCCUUCCAAGGACUGCGCUCUCUGAAUUCACUUGUCCUGUAUGGAAAUAAAAUCACAGAACUACCAAAAAGUUUAUUUGAAGGACUAUUUUCCUUGCAGCUACUAUUAUUGAAUGCCAACAAGAUAAACUGCCUUCGGGUAGAUGCCUUUCAGGACCUGCACAACUUGAACCUUCUCUCCUUAUACGACAAUAAGCUUCAGACAGUUGCCAAGGGCACCUUCUCAGCCCUCAGAGCCAUCCAAACUAUGCAUUUGGCCCAGAAUCCUUUCAUUUGUGACUGCCAUCUCAAGUGGCUAGCGGAUUAUCUCCACACCAACCCAAUUGAGACCAGCGGUGCCCGUUGCACCAGCCCCCGCCGCCUGGCAAACAAAAGAAUUGGACAGAUCAAAAGCAAGAAAUUCCGUUGUUCAGCUAAAGAACAGUAUUUCAUUCCAGGUACAGAAGAUUAUCGAUCAAAAUUAAGUGGAGACUGCUUUGCAGACUUGGCUUGUCCUGAGAAGUGUCGCUGUGAAGGGACCACAGUAGACUGCUCCAAUCAAAGACUCAACAAAAUCCCAGACCAUAUUCCCCAGUACACAGCAGAGCUGCGACUCAAUAAUAAUGAAUUCACAGUGUUAGAAGCCACAGGAAUAUUUAAGAAACUUCCUCAGUUACGUAAAAUCAACUUUAGCAACAAUAAGAUCACUGACAUCGAGGAGGGUGCAUUUGAAGGCGCGUCUGGUGUGAAUGAAAUUCUUCUCACCAGUAACCGUUUGGAAAAUGUUCAGCAUAAGAUGUUCAAGGGACUGGAGAGCCUCAAAACAUUGAUGCUGAGAAGUAAUCGAAUAAGCUGUGUUGGGAACGACAGUUUCAUAGGACUCGGCUCUGUGCGUCUGCUCUCUUUAUAUGACAAUCAAAUUACCACAGUGGCACCAGGAGCAUUUGAUACUCUCCAUUCAUUAUCCACUCUAAACCUCUUGGCCAAUCCUUUCAACUGUAACUGUCACCUGGCAUGGCUGGGAGAAUGGCUCAGAAGGAAAAGAAUUGUAACAGGAAAUCCUCGAUGCCAAAAACCUUACUUCCUGAAGGAAAUCCCAAUCCAGGAUGUAGCCAUUCAGGACUUCACCUGUGAUGAUGGAAAUGAUGACAAUAGUUGCUCACCACUCUCCCGUUGUCCUUCUGAAUGCACCUGCUUGGAUACAGUGGUACGAUGUAGCAACAAGGGCUUGAAGGUCUUGCCUAAAGGUAUUCCAAAAGAUGUCACAGAGCUGUAUCUGGAUGGGAACCAGUUUACACUGGUCCCGAAGGAACUCUCUAACUACAAACAUUUAACACUUAUAGACUUAAGUAACAACCGAAUAAGCACCCUUUCCAAUCAAAGCUUCAGCAACAUGACCCAGCUUCUCACCUUAAUCCUCAGUUACAACCGUCUGAGAUGUAUCCCUCCACGAACUUUUGAUGGAUUGAAGUCUCUUCGGUUACUGUCUUUACAUGGAAAUGACAUUUCUGUUGUGCCUGAAGGUGCCUUCAAUGACUUGUCAGCCUUGUCACACUUAGCGAUUGGAGCAAACCCUCUUUACUGUGAUUGUAACAUGCAGUGGUUAUCCGACUGGGUGAAGUCGGAAUAUAAGGAACCUGGAAUUGCACGCUGUGCCGGCCCUGGAGAAAUGGCAGAUAAAUUAUUACUCACUACUCCCUCCAAAAAAUUUACAUGUCAAGGUCCCGUGGAUAUCACUAUUCAAGCCAAGUGUAAUCCCUGCUUAUCAAAUCCAUGUAAAAAUGAUGGCACCUGUAACAAUGACCCCGUUGAUUUUUAUCGAUGUACCUGCCCAUAUGGAUUCAAGGGUCAGGACUGUGAUGUCCCCAUUCAUGCGUGUAUCAGUAAUCCAUGUAAACAUGGAGGAACUUGUCACUUAAAGGAAGGAGAGAAUGAUGGAUUCUGGUGUACUUGUGCUGAUGGGUUUGAAGGAGAAAACUGUGAAGUCAAUAUUGAUGAUUGUGAAGAUAAUGAUUGUGAAAAUAAUUCUACAUGCGUUGAUGGAAUUAACAACUACACAUGUCUUUGCCCACCGGAAUACACAGGUGAACUGUGUGAGGAAAAGCUGGACUUCUGUGCACAAGACCUGAAUCCCUGCCAGCAUGACUCCAAGUGCAUCCUGACUCCAAAGGGAUUCAAGUGUGACUGCACUCCAGGGUACAUUGGUGAGCACUGUGACAUUGACUUUGAUGACUGCCAAGAUAACAAGUGUAAAAACGGUGCUCACUGCACAGAUGCCGUGAACGGAUACACGUGUGUCUGUCCUGAGGGCUACAGUGGCUUGUUCUGUGAGUUUUCUCCACCCAUGGUCCUCCCUCGCACCAGCCCCUGUGAUAAUUUUGAUUGCCAGAAUGGAGCCCAGUGUAUCAUCAGGAUAAAUGAACCAAUAUGCCAGUGUUUGCCUGGCUACCUGGGAGAGAAGUGUGAGAAAUUGGUCAGUGUGAAUUUUGUAAACAAAGAGUCCUAUCUUCAGAUUCCUUCAGCCAAGGUUCGGCCUCAGACAAACAUCACACUUCAGAUUGCCACAGAUGAAGACAGCGGCAUCCUCUUGUAUAAAGGUGACAAAGACCACAUUGCCGUGGAACUCUAUCGAGGGCGAGUUCGAGCCAGCUAUGACACCGGCUCUCAUCCGGCUUCUGCCAUUUACAGUGUGGAGACAAUCAAUGAUGGAAACUUCCACAUUGUGGAGCUACUGACCCUGGAUUCCAGUCUUUCCCUCUCUGUGGAUGGAGGAAGCCCUAAAGUCAUCACCAAUUUGUCAAAACAAUCUACUCUGAAUUUCGACUCUCCACUCUAUGUAGGAGGCAUGCCUGGGAAAAAUAACGUGGCAUCCCUGCGCCAGGCCCCUGGGCAAAAUGGCACCAGCUUCCAUGGCUGUAUCCGGAACCUUUACAUUAACAGUGAGCUGCAGGACUUCCGGAAAGUGCCUAUGCAAACCGGAAUUCUGCCUGGCUGUGAACCAUGCCACAAGAAAGUAUGUGCCCAUGGCAUGUGCCAGCCCAGCAGCCAAUCAGGCUUCACCUGUGAAUGUGAGGAAGGGUGGAUGGGGCCCCUCUGUGACCAGAGAACCAAUGAUCCCUGCCUCGGAAACAAAUGUGUGCAUGGGACCUGCCUGCCCAUCAAUGCCUUCUCCUAUAGUUGCAAGUGCCUGGAGGGCCAUGGCGGUGUCCUCUGUGAUGAAGAAGAAGAUCUCUUUAACCCCUGCCAGAUGAUCAAGUGCAAACAUGGAAAGUGCAGGCUUUCUGGAGUCGGCCAGCCCUAUUGUGAAUGCAACAGUGGAUUUACCGGGGACAGCUGUGAUAGAGAAAUUUCUUGUCGAGGGGAACGGAUAAGGGAUUAUUACCAGAAGCAGCAGGGUUACGCUGCCUGUCAAACAACUAAGAAAGUAUCUCGCUUGGAAUGCAGAGGCGGGUGUGCUGGAGGCCAGUGCUGUGGACCUCUGAGAAGCAAAAGGCGGAAAUACUCUUUCGAAUGCACAGAUGGCUCCUCAUUUGUGGACGAGGUUGAGAAAGUGGUGAAGUGCGGCUGUACGAGAUGUACCUCCUAAGCGCGUCUCUAGAAGCUUCUAGCUUCGGCGAAGGUUGUACACUUCUUGACCAUGUUGGACUAAUUCAUGCUUCAUAAUGGAAAUAUUUGAAAUAUAUUGUAAAAUACAGAACAGACUUAUUUUUAUUAUGAUAAUAAAGACUUGUCUGCAUUUGGAAAAAAAAAUAAUAAUAAAAGACCCGCUUGUACUAAAGCUUCCCCUACACUGGAGAAGUGUGAAGAAAAGCCACACUUGGAGGCAUUAGUGCAGCGGUGGGGACCAUUGCAACACGGAGCCAUCUUCGGAACACGCUGAUACUAGCAGAAGCACAUCUACAAGAGCCUGACAUGGGACUGUACGCUCAUAUGCGCUUGCCCAGAGCGUCAAACCCAUGACCCCCUUCACAUCAGUUCCCAAGGACACAUCGAGCACAAGUGUGUGAAUGAGAGGUAGAUGAAUGGAAAUCCAGAAUCUGUAGAUAGGUCCAAGGGAUGAGAUAUAUUUUGUGCAAGAUCUAAAGUGUCCUGACAUCUGGGUUUCAUUCUGAUAGAAAUGGGUGUGGAGUGCUGUGAUGUGUUUUAUUGUCUUUGGCAAUGACAGCGCAUAGGCAGAAACAGCACACGAAGGUGUUUAGCUACCAGUUUCCAGUAUUAAAUUUUUUGUAAUAUAAAUGACAAAGGAGAUGAUAAAGAACCAAUAGAUUAUUGAUAAAUAAAAAAAUUAGUAAUAAUAUGAAUUUUUGUUUCUAUGAGUUCUAAAUAUCCCUAUACAGUAUUCAUUUUCAAUGAGGAAUAUUUAUUGUAUUAAAGUACAUUUUACUUAACGAUUUAGAUCAUCAUUUUGGACUGUUUCUCGAUGCUUUAAUAUAUAUUAAUUUAUAAUUAUCCUGAUAUUUUUGUACAUUUUCAAACUUUAAAAAAAAAAUCAGGAUUUUUUUUGGCAAUAGUACUAACAUAGGAUGUUAUUUUGUUAUCUCGGGAUAAGUAUAUGUUGUUCUGUUGGCUGACCUUGAUGUCUGACCAUUGAUGCCACUGAACUGUGGCCUCCUUCAGGACACUUGCAGAAGGUUUGCAAAGUCUCAGAGUAGAAACAGCAAGUGAAUCUAUCUGCUACAUGUCCUCACAAGAAGAAAGAACUUAUCUGUAGCAAUGGCCAGUAAGAAGUAGAUAUUUUACAAAUUAAUUAAUAAACAUUUCCCUGCCAUGCUUUGGGGGGAGGGUGGGAGAAGAAAGACUGUUAUGUCAAAAAUUGUAAUUUCUCUCCAAACAAUAAAAUUCCUUUAUUACCUUAUUGCUCCCACGUUAACCUGUUUGCUGCUAAAUUACAAUGUAGAGUUGAUAAUGAUUUAUAGUGAACUGUGCUCUUCUUCCAGUAAAAUCCCAAGGUCCCCUGUGAGGAUGCAAAUGUUUCUUUAAACAAAGAAAAGAAGAAAAACACUUUUAACAAUGAAAAUUAGAUGUACAUGUAUAAUUCGGUAUGGUUUGCCUUCUCCAGCCUAAUAUCAGUUUCACUACUAUUUGUAAAUUAAAAGAUAUCUACUUCAUUAACAGUUUGGCCCUUUUCUUAGAAACUGCAGGUGUUCCUUUAUGAACUUGACCCAGUGACAUGAAAUGAACAGGAAAGGCAACCUGUACCUUUAAUUUACCAGAAAUUGCUUUGAAAUUAAUAUAUUGUCACAUCUAGAGUCCUCAUAAAAGAGAUAGAAUAAACUAUUCUUUUCUAGGACAAAUGCAUAUUAAAUAAAAUUACUCCAACAAAAAGAAGUAUAAGAUGAAAUAGAGAUAACACAGAGAGUCUUCUUUGAGUCUCACUGCCUUAGCUUGAACCAGCAAUCCAGAACUGGCAACCAUUCAGGUUAGGGAAGUGCCAUUGUCAGGGUAGAAUAUUAAUAUUUGGUUUCCACUGUAUUGUUCUCUUUUUAAGAAAAUUGUGCCUAUACAUAUACACAUACACAGAUAUAUACACUAUCUUCCAGGUAUGAACAGCCAAUCAUUUAUUCAUUCUUGUUUAAAAUGACUUCAGUUGUAUUAUAUAAAUAUUAAAUUACCAUGAUAAAACAUUCAUUCAUGUGUUCCUACGAAUUGCUGCUUUUAUCAGAGGUAUUGAAAAAGAUUCAUCUGCAAAUAUACCAAUGGCUAGUGUUUGUGGGUUGCUUAUUGCACAUCAAGAGCUAUGCUAUAAGUUUUAUAGAUAAACUCUCCAUCUAUAUACAUGAAUGGAAUUCCUGUGUCUCCUAGUUUAAUCAGGUAUACAAUGCUGGAAAUUUAAAGAGCAGUAUCUGGCAGUUUAUACCACUGUAUUUGCUGGUAAUAUAGACAGCAGUUAAGUCACAAAUUGACUCUACUUGGUGAUUACUAAGCCUUGAAACAUUAUUUUCAGGGCUAUUGAUCUUGAAUAUUUAGGUAAUCUUACUACAGAUUGGACUUUUUGCUUCUGUUUUAAAGAAAAUAAAAGACAUCAUAAUGGUUUUUAAAUGGCAAAUUUUUAUUCUUCCUGAUUAUAAAGUCCCAAAAUAAAGUUCUAUUUCUCUUGCAUUUGAGCAGAAUUAAUUUUCCAGGGGUCACACUUGAUUUGUCUUCCAGUCAUGAGCUUUUACUGGAGAAAAAUCCCACAGCCAGAUAAUUAUUAGCAAAGCACAUAAAUUAAAGGCAAUUUUUCAUGUUAAAAAAUUGCUUCUCAC